UGGAACAGAGAGAGAGAGCGGUUGAGCAGGAAGAGAGGGAUAGCAAUAGACCGGGUAGAGAAGGGGUAAGGGGAGAGGCACACACACGCACAUUGCCAAACCACCAUGGAACAGAGAGAGAGAGAGAGCGGUUGAGCAGGAAGAGAGGGAUAGCAAUAGACCGGGUAGAGAAGGGGUAAGGGGAGGGAGAAAAGAAGGAGGGGAUUGUUGUGGAGUUAGGAAAAAUGUAUAAAAAGAGGGAGAGACAGUAAAAGAACAGAAAGUAAGAGAUUUCAAAAGCGAUUAAUGACUCGACUAUCAGAUGCAAUGUCCACCCACAGGGAUCCUCCACCUCUCCUCAUAAUCCUCACACUGGCCCUUCUCAAUGGAUACUCCUCCUUCGCUGCACCCUCUGACGUCUCAGGGACCAACCACACAGCCACCCUUCCUCUAAGGCCACACGGACGCAUGUAUGACAUGUUGGCGCUCUCCUCAAAUGAUGACUAUGACCUGAAUUGGGACACCACUCCACCCCCGCCUACUCCCUCACGGGGCACCAAUCCUCAGUCCUGUGACUACAACCCCUGCCGGGAGCUACAGACCCCCUGUGCCCAGCUGGCAGCCUCCAGCGGCUGCCUGUGUCCAGGGGUGAGUGGGCCCCACGUGGCCCCAGAGCCUCCAGACCUUAAGAGACUAUCUAUGGAAGGGCCAGGGGUGGUUGUUCAGUGGUGUGCACCAUCGUCUGUUGUGACCCAUUAUGAGGUGGUGGUGGGUACCCUGGAGCCCCUGGUGUUUGGGGAGGACAAGAGGAGAGGUGUUGUGGGAAAGGUGGGGCAGGGGGUGGAGGUGUGUGUGGUGGCGGUGAAUGACGCAGGAGUCAGCGAGCGUCAGAGGCGGUCCUGUACGAUGUACCAGCCCCCUGGAGACAGUAGUCUGGCCCUAAAAGCUGGGCUGAUCGGAGGGGCCCUGGGGCUCCUGCUGCUCCUCUCACUGGCUGUCCUGCUUUGGAGGCACAGGGCUCGGAGAAAAGCAGAUGCCAGGAUCACCCAGGCCACGGAGGAAACACUAUGAAAGGACUGAAGGAAGGCUAUGGAAGAGGCUAACUCAAGAGUAGCUGUCCAGAACUGAGGCAUAUUUUACCAUAAGAGACUGUCUGUCUGUCUGUCUGUCUGUCUGUCUGUCUGUCUGUCUGUCUGUCUGUCUGUCUGUCUGUCUGUGUGUACACGUACUGAACAGGAUGCUGAAUAAGCCUGUGCUCACCGAAAGGCAUGAGGCACUCAGUCAGUCAGGUGAUAUGAAACAGCUUCCUGUCUUCUAUACACAUCUCAAUUCAAUCAAUGACUCAUCUCCUUUUGCUGACUUCAACUGCAUUCACAGCCCAGAUAAAAUGCUAAAGCAAAUACAUUCAAAAUUAAACAAGAUGCAGGUAACAAAAGAUAAUAUAAUUAAAAAAUAUUAAAACAAUGA